AACACCUAAUACAAUAUGGCGGCGAGUGUUGUGAUUGAUUGUGUUUGAAGCGGGUUAUCGAGCAAUAUCUCCAGUACUGAGCACGUCAACACCGUAUGACUUCCACAAUGGACAGAGCUUUAGGGAAGAACUUGGAGGCACUUGCAGAGGAAGAUGAUGAAGAGGAGGAGGAAGAAGCCACAGGACACUCAGAGGGAGCAGAGAGUGAGGUUGACUCGGACUCCGAUGAUGACUCCGAUGACGAUGAUGGGGACACUGGUGCUGUGCGAGGGGAACCUAACAAGUUUGAAGGGUUGUGUGACGGGGUGCUCAACGCCACAGCCCUGGUACAGGUGUCCUUGUUGGAGCUGUUGGAGUUGAAAGAUGAGCUUCUAGGCCAUGCCCUCCCACCAACACUGCUCGUCAAACUCGCCCUCACCACGGCUAAAGUCUUCCGCAGCAUUAGCGACAUGAAUAUGCCCGUCAACGAGCUGGUGCGUCUGGUGCGUGUGUACUCCACGCCCUGGGAGGAGAAGAGUGCGGCCCUCAAGAAGCUGCACGAAGACUACGAGAGCAAACAACGGCAGCUGAACAUUGCCAUCAAGAGACUUCAGCUCGUCGAUGCUCAUUCCAAGAGAAUAGCCAAGGAGAAGCGCAUCAUGAACUGGGAGAAGCUCUUCUCCAAAGUCACAUCAACUAAAGGUCAUGGCCUCAGAUGGAAGUUCCUCAUUGAGACAAUCAAGCAGAAGGCAAAGAUGGGUCUGGAGCACGUGCAGGAGUACACUAAGGCCCUGGAGCAGACGUCAGACUCAGAGGAUGGGGAGGAGGAGGAGGUCGUCGACACCACCAAGGCCACUGAGUCGUCGCCAGAGGCCAUUGAUGUUGUCAGCGAGAAAACAGAGGAAACCACAGAGAGCCGAGGAGAGAAGGAAGACGAGGAGGAGGAAGAAGAAGAUGAGUCGGAGGCAGAGAGUGAAGACCACGAGGAGGAGGUUGUGCCCACUGUCACCAUCAACCUGACGCAGGAGAGUGACGUUGAUGACGAGUCUUCCGAUCAGCUCAGUCGUUCAGUCUCACCAAAGAAAGUUCGGUUUGGUGAGACUGAACCGCCCCCUGUAGUCAAACCUCAGAUGCGAGAUGUGAACAUCGACACGGGAGAGCCAGAGUAUGACCUUUACCUUCAUGUGCGGAUGUUUGCUCCCGAAGAUCUCAACCAUCAGGGUCUCAAGUGUUCCGUGACGUAUGGCGAUCAGAUGUACAAGACUGGCGUGCUGGAUGUGGAGGAGGCAAAGGAGCCAGAAAAUGCGGCUGAGACAACGAAGUCAGAAAAGAAGCAGCCGGCAGCCAGCGGAGGCAAGAGUAGUCCAGUUUCCAAAGCAUCGGCUGAAGAGGAGGGGUCAAAGACCAAGAAGUACGAAGAGUUCAUGGUGAGACUACCCGAUGAGGUUCACCACGGGCGAUGAUUAUUGACAAGGCCAACCGACAAGCCCAACAGUGUCCAGAUAGCAGUCCACCACGGACAGUUCGAGGACAUGAUUGCCAUGGCAACUUUAGACCUUGAGGACUUAAAAGAACUGGACCUACGAACAGUGUACCUGCCGCCACCUAAAGGGGAUGAUGAUGUCCCCCGAACCAGCGCUGGAGGCGAUGAUGACCUCCUGUCCUUGUCAGACUCCAUUGACUUGUCGUUUGAUGAUGACGAGUCCGAGCAGGGCAGCCCCAAGCCCCGGGACGACCCGGUGAAGGACGUUGACCCCCUGCCGUUCCCCCUGUACUCCCUGCAGGUCAGUGGUCGCUCUGACGCUGUCCACAUGCCCAUUGGCAACCAGCCCCUCAUACUGUACUGGGGCAAGAGGAGGAGGCCGCAAGUCUUCAACAGGCAGACAGGAACCCUUGGCAUCAAUGAGGUCGUGUUUGACCUGACGGGGAUUGACCUGAACACAACCACGAAGGAAGACCUCCAUAAGGAUAUGAGGGACCAAGCUCUGUCAGCAAUAGAGUUCACACCAGAGCCCCAGGAGGAAACUGUAGCCCUGACUGAGGUGGAAGAACUGCAGAAGAAGCAUACAGAAGAUAUGUCUGACAUGAAGGACUCGUACGAGAAGCAGCUGAAGGCUCUGCUAGAGAACAUCUCCCAUCUGGAGGAAGAACGGAGAAUACUCCAGGAGCAGCAACAGAAUAUGCGCCCUGUGUCAAAACGCAGCCGAACUAGCCCCUCCCCACCACGCACCACGUCGCGGGGAGCCAGCACGCGACGAACACCCGUACAUACUCCAGACAAGGACAUGGCAGAGUCAGAGAAGGUGUCAGUUACCAUCCCUGUGUCUCCUGGCAUCAAAUACAGACCAGCACCACCUGCCACACAGAAGCCGAGGAAGAACUUCCGUGUAGGGCGACCUUUGCCGAAGUGGGGAGAGGCAUUGCCACAAGACUUCUUUGAGCGACUUCGGUUGUAUGAAGAGGAGAGCAAACAGCACAUGGCCGAGCUGAAUGAGCGAACACUCCGGGACAUUCGAGACAACUUGGAGAAGAAGUUGGCUGGACAGCAUCGACUGAGCAAACGAGAGGAAGCCAUGUAUGACGCUCUGAAAGACGUCAGCCUGCCAGCGUUGUUCAUGCCGUUCCGGAGCGGGACAGUGUUCAACCCUCGAGCUCAUCAGUACUUUCACCCAACAGGUUCCACAGAUCUCCGUCUGACUCAGCCGCCGUCCAUGUUCCAGCUGCCGCCACUUACCAAACACAAUCAGAAAUUGUCUGUGGUGAAUUUGUUUGAGCUGAGCAGCAACUUUUCGUCGAGGAGUCCGAGUUGGUUUGUCGAACGCUACAUCCAGCAGCAACAGCCUGCCUCCAAUGAAGCCUUCAACUUCUCUACAACAACAUCCAACAAACCUGCACCCAACUAUCUCACCCAGGACUCCCAGCUGUCAGACUCGGGACUACUUGAUGCCCCUCCGCACACUCCCACGGGAAAUCCCAGCAUGCCCGAACAGGAAGUCGGGAGUUGAGGUUUAGCAACAUGCAAUAGGACAAUUCCAGGUUUGACCAUUUGUUGACCAGAUGGACUUUGGACAUAUCUGUGAUAAUAAGCAAUGUAUACCACAUGCCUCCAUGUUUCUUUUACUACCUCCCCGGAAAUCAUACUCCUCAACAUUUGCUGCGGAGUGUUCGAUAAUAGUCAGAGCUUCAGGAUUACCAUUCCCUUCCCACAGAGGUUACUUGUCAUAUCUUCCUACGAACCUCUGUUCUCAUACGGCCAUAUUUCCUGGUUCUCGUAAAAUCUCCUAGCGCCAAAAAAUUGCAACACAAAUUAUCUCCCUUCUUUCUAUCCAAUCAGAACACGUGUUACAUCGACUUAGAUCCAACUUGACUAAUGCAAGCAAAUAUGGGGCCAGAAAUAUCCCUCCUCUGCGGGGGACUUGUGCUUAUGUGACACACAGGAUAUUUAAUGGCUAGCUUGUCCGUUGUCAACGAGGGCGAUGGAGGCGCCAUUGAUCCGCCAUUACAUGACUGAGUUCUGUCUAGAAAAAACGUUUGCACAUCGCGCAGGGGAAGAGGUUCUAAUUUUCCGGAAUCAUACGAAAAUUACUGAGGCCUUGCGAAUGAUCACAUUUGAAAAAACGUCGCUGUUUGCACAACUAAAUCUGAUUGCAACCAAUCCCGAAACCUGAAUGCUCGCACCAUGAAAGGGCUGACACGUAUUAGAACAGAGGUUUGUAGGAAGAUGUGACCAGUAACCUCUGUGGGAAGAGAAUCCAGGAUUAACUGUUCAAAUUCAUGUUCAUGUUUGCAUAUCAAGAAAAGUUUAGGGUUCACUGUUUGAAUGUCUUGUCAGCAUCCAUUAAAGGAGAGGAUAUAUUGAGGAAGGUGGUUGUCCAGUCUCUC